AAUGGAUAAUGAAAAUUCGUCCAUUUUCAAAUCAUAUCAAGGAUACGAGUGUUGGAGGGGAGAAAAGCAAAUUAUUUUGAAGGAUUCAAUUGGUCGUCAACUUCCCUACAUUGUGAAUUUUAAAAAGAAUACGUGUCAAAUAUUCGAUAUCGAAUGGGAACGCGUAACUCACUCGUUCGUUUUCCCUGAAGGAUGUGCUUUGAUCGAUGCGGACUAUUUUCCAACAGAAGAAGGAAAGCUCGGAAUUCUUGUUGGUGUUGAAGAUCCUCGUCAGUCGUGCGGUGCCGAGCACUUUGUUCUUGCAUUGGCAGUUGAUCCGGAUUCACCAGCCAUGACAAUCACACACUCACUGGAAGUUCCAUCGAAAAUUACAGUUGUGAAGACGCUUUUUUCGUCUGCCGACAUGGCUGAUGAAACACAGAGAACAGUUUUAAAGCUCUAUCAUCGACUGAUGACGUGGCAGCAUAUUGUGGCAAUUGGUUGCAAGGAGACACAAUGCUACUUAGCUCGUUUAGUUGCUGUUGAGACGCCGUCAAGUCCUGUCAUCACAGUUCACAGUGAGAAAAAGUAUUUGAUCAACCUAAUGAAUGCUUACGUCAGCGGUUCAGUUCUUCAGUACACUUUGGACGAUGGAGCAUAUCGUGAAUACCCAACCGCCGCCGUGUAUAUCUCAGCGUUAUCGUUGAUGCCAAGAAGUCGAACUCUUCUUGUCGGUUUAUCGAUGGGAGGCAUUCUGGCAGCUUCAUUGAAUCCUUCAAAUCAGAUGAUGCUUUUGGAAUUGAGACACGAACGACUUGUCAGAAAAAUUGCUCCAUUAGAACCAGAAGAUGAUCCCGACAAAUUUGAGUAUUUCAUCGCCACUGUUGAUUGUUCACCUCGUCAUCCAAUCAUGAUUCAACUUUGGCGUGGAUCUUUCAAAACUCUCGAGGAUGUUGAUGGAGAAGAAAAGUACGACCGUCCAUCAUUCAGUGUUUGUCUAGAACAUAAGAUUUUGUUCGGAGAAAGAUGGUUGGCUGUGAAUCCUAUUGUUACUGAAAGAGAUCAUAUGAUGCUCACAAGAAAGCGAGGAACGGAAGAUUCGAUGCACAAUGUUUCUCAGACAUUCGGAUCAACUUCUAAUCGAAACUCUGUUCUUUUGGCAUACGAACGAAAGAAGAUGGUGAUCGGCACAGAAGACCCGAAUGCUGAACCAGAAUACAUUGUGGAAGCAGCUAUUUUUGAUAUAGAUUCAUGGUACUACAAAAGAGUUCCCGGUCGAGUAUCUACAGAUGGAACUGUUCUCAAGCAAUGUGCAUUCUUAUCAACUAUAAAGUCUAACAUCCGAUCAGAAGAUGUAAAUGACAUCGGAAUUCUUACAAAUGAGGCCACUGAUGUAUCCAGCUUCUCUAGCAUGGUUUCAGACGCAGAUCAACUGUUUUAUCCGUCAGCAUUAAGCUUCGAAAGGGUUUUUGUUGCCAAGAAUACCAGAAUUGACUGGAUGAAGAUCCAGAACAUCCAGGACACGAUUUUGAACAAAUGCGCCGUCAAACUGCCUGCUCUCAUCAGGAAUCCCGAAAUGAUUUCCAGCGUUGUUAUGGCAGCUGGUUUAGUGAGAAAAAAUAUUCUGUCUGGAUCUCCCAAUUCGAGCGCCGCAGAAAUAAACGAACUUCAAUUAUCGUCUGAUCAAAAGGUUCUUCUCAACGUUAUCGUCUACUACGGAAAAAUUGAAGAGUUUUGUCAAUUGGCAUCUCGUCCUGACAUUAGUGACACGCUAAAACGGGAAUUAGCAGAAUGGGCACUUCACGAAGCUGUUGACUACAAGAGAACUAUUUCUGACAAGAUGGUUUCACUCUUCCAGGGAAGAUCACUUGCUCUCUCUCCACUAGCAGAAGAAUCUAUUGCACAGGGAAUCAAGCUUUUCCGAGUUGUUUACGAAUAUCUGAAAGCCUGUUCAAAAGCGUUAAAAGAUGAUCGACUUCGCAAUUUGGCCCAUUCUGUGAUAUGUAUGAGAAACCAUACGAAACUUACCAGCCAAUUCAUCAAUUUUGCCAUCAUUCCUGUAGACCCGAUCAGACAGCAAAGAAUGAAGGAUUUACAUUCAAAGAGAAAAAAUAUGGCGAGAAAGAACUCAUCAUCUCUACCCGUUCAAUCAGUCGUUCGAAAAAUGAAUCGUCAAGCUCCAAAUGCUCAAUUCUGGAACGAUAUUCCACAUGACGAAUGGUAUCCGCCAACACCUCUCGAUUUGCUGGAAUGCCUGCUGAAUGUUUCGAUUUCUGAGAGUAUUAAACGAGAACUCGUUGUCCAAUAUGUCAUUGAUUGGAUUUCCACAUCUCCUGAAGAUUCUGAACACAGCGAAAAACAAUUGGCACUUGAAACUAUCAAAAUCAUGACAAAUCAAAUGCUUAACGUUAACUUGGAGAAAAUUUAUUACAUUCUGGACCAAGGAAAGAAGGCUUUAACAAGCAGCAAGACAUCGGAUGAUAUGAGAGCACUUGGAGAGAAAGUAUUCUCAAUGAAAGAUGACGAGAUUAGUUAUGAGAAAUUGUGGGGAAAAGAUGCUCCGAUGACAGUGACAAUCGGAAAACACGAUUUACAGCGAUUUGAACAACGAAUGAAAAUGCAAAUGGAAGGUGGAAAAGUUAGAUUGCCAGUUCUCGAUCCGGAAUCUGAGAUUCUCUACCAAAUGUUUCUCUUUGAAAACGAAAAGUUUGAAGCAAUGUCAUCAGAAGCGAUUAGUUCCAACAAAUUGCUAUCGGCUUUCCUGCCAGGAAUGAUCAAGAAGGAUGGAAGAGGUCGUCAGAAGACUGCGAAAGAACAGGAAAUCGAAAUUUCAGUUAAGAAAAUGUUUGAGAGAAAGGUGCAAAACGACGACGAAGAUAUGCCUGAAGUUUUCGCUUCUGUCAAUGACAAAACAGAAAGAAAGCGGAAAUCAAGUCAGUUUGGUGAAGACGAUGAGAGUAGUGUUUCGUCAUCACAAUAUGUGCCACCUACCGCGAAGAGAAUUCAACAGUGGAAGAGUGCCGUCGAAUCUGUUGCCAACAAUUCGAGUAUCAACAGUAUCACAAGUCCGGAUUCUCACCAAAAUGCAGAAAUCAAUAUGAUGAUUGCAACACCGGCACGGUAUUACAAGCGACAUAAUGAGGAGGAAAAUGUUCAAGAUGGAUUUCUAUCGCCCGCUGGAAACAGACCGCCGCCAGUCUCUGCUCACAACAGUAUUCUGAAAACAGCUAAAGGUGGCCAAUCGGCUAGUCGAGGCCGUAUCCGAUUCCGUGCUGACGUUCCAAGAGGUGCUGACGAGAGUAUUGAAGACAAUGGUCGGAAAGGCCUUGCAUUGAACUUUGCAAUUCUUGAAGAUGAAGAAGAGGAAACCAUGACUAUUAGAAAAUCACGGUCUAUGGGAAAACAUGACGAGGAGAAGGAUUCAGAGAAAAAUGUAGUGGAUGAGAUGGAAGAAGUAAAAGAUCAAGAACAAGAAAACGAUGAAUGCAUUGAAAGUGAGAAAACUUUCGAAAACCAAGACGAUUUCGAGGUUCUCGAAGAUACAUCUGCUCCAGAAGCUGCAAAUACAGAAAAUGGUUCGGAAACUCCUCCCAUGGAAGAUACGUUUGAAGUACGAGAUGAUGACGUCAUGCCACCAACCGAUGAGACAUAUUUGAGUCAUUUACAAACCGAUAAAACGGGUAUUCUUGAGGAGGAAGGUGAAGAUGAAGAUAUAUGGGAUGGAGUUCAAAGAUCUUUCGAGGUUCAAAUGGAUGAGGAUUGUGAAGCUGUACCAACGAUUGAUGUAGCCGAUGAUUUGGAGAGUAAAUCUGAAGAAGUGAAUGAAGAAGAGGUAGUUGAAUCUGAAGAAGUUCAGCAAGAUGCGAAAGAACCUGAAAAAACUGAAAAACGACAGGAAGAGCCAGAACCUGAAGUUAUGCAGCCAGUGAUUCCGGAAGAGCCUCAAAACGAAUCUCUCGAAUCGUCUAUUAAACUGCAGGAAGAGUUACAGGAAGAGCCUGACAUAGUUCCGACAGGUGAUGAAGAUACCGCGGAUAAAGUUCAAGAACAAGCUGUUGAGGAAGAUAGACCACCAUCUAGAAACACUCGCUCAUCAUCUGUCCAGAAGUCUACUUCACAAGUGGAAGACCGGGAUCCGAAAGAACUUGUCGAGGAAGAAAGACCUCCAUCUAGAAACACUCGUUCUGCGUCUGUUCAAAAAUCAUCUAACCAAGAGAAAACUUCGGAAUCAGGAGAAGUCACGGAAGAAGAUAGACCACCAUCCAGAAAUACGCGGUCGGCAUCUGUUCAAAAAUCUUCAUCAAAGGUAAAAGACCAGAAGCCAGAGGAACUCAUCGAGGAAGAUAGACCUCCAUCAAGAAAUACUCGAUCCGCAUCAGCCCAGAAGACAGUGGCAGCAAAUAAAUCUGUUUUGGAGUCUGAAAUUCCAAGUCGUUCAGCGUCACGAAGAACUCGCUCCACAUCGCUUAGGAAUGAUACUGUUGCCGAACCAGAUGAGACGUCGGUUGCGAUGACAACUCGGCGUCGGACUCGGGCAACUUCUGAGGUUGUUAGCAAGCAGUCGUCUGAAGAUGAUGGAAGAUCGACACCAAAAACCGGAAGAACUCCCACGAAAAAGGCUGCAGCUAGUACAUCUUCUAGUAGAGCUGGAAGUGUAACUCGCGGUAAAAAAUCGAUCAUCCAAAAGAUGCCAUCCCCGCUAGAGGUUACAAUGGAAGUUCAAGAAGAAGAAGAAGAAGAAGCGGAGGAGGAACGGCCUGCAUCAAGAAGCACUCGCUCUGCAUCUGUCAAAAAUACAACUGUUGACCCAUCGUCAUCUGCACUUGCUUCUACCAAACGUACAACUUCUAGAAAGAGGGGCAAUUCGGAAACGAUCGACUUUAAUCAGGACGACAAAUCGGCACCGACGACGCCAAAAAGAGGAAGACCCGCCAAAAAGGAUGCAGGAUCUCCUAAAGUUGGAAGUAAAGCUCGUGGCACCAAGCCUAAAUCGAUAUUCGAAAAUCAAGAAGAUGAAGAAGAUCGUUCAUCCUCUCCAGAUAUCGAACAACCAGCCACACCUACACGGUCUUCCAAACGAACGGCUAGAUCCAGAGCAAAUUCCGAAUCGAUCGAUGAUGAUAGCAAGCAGAAGACCCCAAAAAAGAAAAAUGCCGCGGUUAAUGAAGCUGGUACCAGUAAACAGUCUAGAAGUGUGACGAGAUCUCGAGCAUCAUCUAUUGAUGUACAACAAGAGGUGGAAGAGCCAACCACUCCAAAACGCGGAAGAGGAAGACCGCCCAAAACCGUUCUGGAAAAUAUUGAAGAGGGUGAAGAAGAGAGAAAAGAAACGGCUGCGACUCCUCUACUGCGUUCAGCUCGCCGUGCUAAACAAUAGAGGUCGAACACAGCUCAAAUUUUAACUAUUUGUCCUUAUUUAUUUUAUUAUUUGAAAUUCUUCAACUGACACAUGUGAAAUAAGUUCCAAUAAAAUUGUUUGGCAUU